AUGAUAGAUAAAGAUAAUCUUAAAAGCAAUGAAUCUGUAGGGACUUUCAGAUGGAAUGAUUCCAUAAAGCUUUUAAACGCUCCUGCAUUUAAAAACGAGUAUAGAGUUCUAUUAAAAACUUUGAAAGAGGGAUGGCAGACAUAUCUAGGAGUAAGAUUUGAAGAAUGCGCUGAUGUGGAAAAAGAAUAGAUCAUAGUUUAACCACACUAACUAGAUGGACUCUCAUUCUCAAUGACAUUGGUUUAUCUUGUUCUUAACUUAAGACUCUUCUUGAAAGAAAGCAUUACCUUUGUUAUUAUGGGAGCCACAGCUAAAGCCGAGGAAAGGCUAUUUGUGUAGACUAAUUAUUAUGAGGAACUGACAAAUUUCUAUCCAAAAACAACUUUCAAAUUCUAUUUUGUGGGGCCAGAGCUCUCCUCUUAAAGGAAUCUCAAAUCACAUCAGGUGAAUGAGAGAUUAUUUGGCACAUUCUUCAGAGGCUAGAUUUCUGAAUUCUUGAUCGAUUAAAACAUUAAAGCUGACAACACUCCAGAUAAUUUUCCAAAAGAUAGUACUAUAUUUUUAGGCUAUAAUCCAGGGUUUGGCUCUGGAUAUGAUUUAUUGCUAAAUUCUUGGUGUGUUGAUCUAGUAGACUUAAUUAACCUUGACUAUCAUGUCAUUUUUACUUAAGCUAAUGACUACUCUCUGCCACUCAUUACCAUGAAGAAGGUAAACAAGAGACUUCAUGGAGUUGUAGCUCAACCCAUUUCUAUUGCAUCAAGGGGUGGAAAGAAGAUUUUGAUAGAUUAACUGUGA